AAGGAACCAACCUGCAAGUCGUCGUCGUACCUGAAAGAGUUUGCCGACGCUGAGGCGUGUCAAGCGGUAGAUCCGAAUACGCUGCUACGACCCAAGCACCGCUAAACACUUGAUGCCCUAGCUUUGCGGUAGCUAGGCAUACGUUUCUCCCCAAAAUAUACACCAACUCGUCCUCUUGAUCCUGACCUGUGGACAGCUCUACAUCUAUACAAUGCAACGUCAUUGUUCCUGUCUGCGUUUAUCCUUUAUGGGAUGGUUGUAGCGUAACAAGUACGCGAUCGACGAGCUAUCCAGGUUGUGGGCUUGUGGCUAAGCUGCCCAACACGACGUGGACCGGCAAAACAUUACUGCCUAAUUUAACCGCUAGGGAUCAUUUUGAGCUCUAUCGCACAACUUGCCUAAGCAGCAGUUUGGGCGACCUAAGCUUGCUACACGCCCCAGGCAGCUUUGGGUGGCACACCGGAAUGUUGCUAAGGCGAUAAGUAGCCCUCUGCAUUACGGCCAGCGCUAAAGGGCAGUUGGCGACGGUCGAAAGGUAUUGACCAUGCAGAGCUCACAGCCCGACAGGGCGUUUGACGUUUUCGUCAAACGUACACUAUCCACAAUCCAAAAGGAGUCUUGGGGCCGCAGCAAGGAGUGCAAGGAACUUCGCGAACAAUGCCAGAACGUCCUCAACCUGCUCCACGACCACGAGCAGGGCCACCUGCAGUACGCCGGCAGCCUCGCAGUCGCCGUACUGGACCCCCUCUACCUCGCCUGCGCCAACGCCAACCCGCGCAUCCUGGACGCCGCCCUGGGCUGCCUACACAAGCUGGUCGCGCACGCCUGGCUGCAGGGCGAGAGCUCCUCCGGCGGUCAGCCCAGCGAUGCUGACGUGGUGUCGCGCGUCAUUCGCACCGUGGUGCGUUGCGGCGAGGGCGCGGCGGCGGAGGGCAUGCAGCUGUCGGUGAUCCGCGCACUGCUCACGUUCACCACCGCGGAGCAUUUUGUGGCGCAUGGGGACUGCCUGCUGGCUGCCGUACGCAUGGUGUUUAACCUGGCGCUGGGGGCGGAGGAUGACGUCAUCAAGCGUACGGCAAGCAAUGCGCUGCUGCAGAUGCUGAACACGAUUACGAAGCGCGUGACGGCGUACCAGAUCUACGGCAGCAGCAGCGCGGCGACCAGUCGGAGAUCCUCCCUGGACGGCUGUAGCAGCAGCCAUAACCUGGGUGCGGCAGGUGGGGUUGGGGGGACGGGCUAUGGCUACAGUCGGCAGCUGUCGGUAUGCAGCACGCCGCCUGGGGCCCCCGGGGGUGCGGCUGGGGGCACGUCGGGGCAUGGGACAGCGGGCGGCGCAGCACCCGUGACCACACAGGUCAGCGCGCAGUUGCACGCCUCCGCGGGGCCGUCGGUGGAGCUGCAGCGGGCGACGGAGGCGGCACUGGCGGCAGCGGCGGCGGCAGCGGCGGCCCGCUGGGCUGCCGCUGGGGAGCAGCGGCAGCCCUCCACCACCGCCGGUGGCGGCAUCAGCCGCUCCAUGUCGGGUCAGUCCCUGCACCGCGAUGCCGAGCUGGACGGGGCUGCAGCCGCUGAGGGCGGCCGGGAGGGCGCUGCCGGCGGCGGUGAGGCCAGUCGAACGGCGCAGCUGGCUACGCUGGCUGAGCAGCGGGACCUGGCGGGGUUGGAGGCGGCGUUGGGGGCGGCGGCCAGCUUG